AUGGGCGUAGUACAAUUGGCGAUUUUAGCGUCGAGACUAAUUCUUCAGUGCCUGAAGGCGUUCACUGGCUCUGCGAAUGUGCCAAGGAACGCCUUGGUCAGAGAAAACUUUCUCUCAGAGAAAAAAAUGGACCACGAAAUGGCCGUGAGCUCAAUAAUGCCUCAAAGAGAGUAUAAGUGA